ACGUCAGAGUGUGCGAGCAAGAAAUCCUCAAAUAUGACUUGGAAAUCAAGGCUCUCAUCCAGGUGAAAAAUUGGACAAAAAGUUUUCAAAAAGUGUUGAAAGUCAAAUCAGAUGAAAGAUGCAGGAGUACUGACCAGGAGUUGCACCGUAUCGGACAUCACAGAGUGCGACGGCCCUCAGAGCAAGCUGACGGAGAUGAACGCGGAAGUGAAGAAGCACUUCCACAGCCUCCGAUCGAGGAUUCAUGACUUUGAGCGGAUAGCAAUGGAGCAGGACAAAGAGUCGGACAAGCAGGCGUUGCUCGACCAAGUAGAGGGACACCGAAAGCAGAUGCUGAGCAACCAGACGGCCUGGAGGAAAGCCAACCUCGCCAGCAAGCUGUCCGUCGACAAGAUGGAGAAGCAGGCGCUGCUCAACGGGUCCGACGGCGCCGCGAGGCAGAGGAAGAUGACCAAGGAGGGCCUGGCACGAAACGCCGGCGACAUCACGGAGAACCUCAUGAGCAUCAGCCGGAUGAUGGCGCAGCAGGUCCAGCAGAGCGAAGACACCGUAACGACACUCGCCACGUCGUCGAGAACGGUUCAGGAGACCAACGAGGAGUUUAAAGCCAUGACCGGCACCAUUCAGCUGGGCAGGAAACUCAUCACCAAGUACAACCGCAGGGAGCUGACUGAUAAACUGCUCAUCUUCUUGGCGCUGGCUCUGUUCUUUGCCACCGUCCUCUACAUCCUCAAAAAGAGGCUGUUCCCUUUCUUAUAGGAUCCCUCCCGUUGUCCAGAGACGGGGCGUCCCGUAGCGGGGCCCACGCGCGGCGUAAAGCCCCCCAUGCUGCUCUGUAAAAACCUCGCCCACUAAGUAGAAGGAUAAUCCUGCAGUUCCUCAGUGCGUUUAAUUUAUUGUUCAGUGACCAAUUAUGAGUGCAAAGUACGUUUUUCUCCUUAAAUGCCUUCAAACGGUUCCAGAAGCGGAUAGAGUAGGCAAGCUGCACGUUUUCCUCUGCCAGCUCUAUCGAUCUAUAGUUGGAUUCCUGCUCUGAAACUACAUUAGCUACAAUAUAAUCAAGUAUUAAAAAAAAAAAAA